AGGCUUAUUCGAAUCAUUUUAUUCUGCUUUUUCCUUUACUUUUUCAUGAAACAAAAUGAAAAAUGUAAAACUAGAUAGUAUCUUGAUUUGCUAAACAAGCAAACAAAUGAUGCAUAAAAUCCGUUGAUUGAGAAAAUAAAGUAAGAUUUCAUUAAUUGUACAUUAAUCUAGAAGAUGAGGAAAAUCAAAUAGCAGGUCUCAUUAUUCAUUACUGGGCAACAGCUAACAUAAUUGCACCAAACCUCACUGUAGAGAACAUCUCUCCCUCAAAACCUUUUUGUUUUUUUUUUUGGCUCACACAAAGAAUUAAAUUCAAGAAUCUGUGUGUGUGAGUGACUGAGUGGGAGACCGACUCAGUGAACACACGCACACACACAGCACACAGAUGGAAGAUGAAGAUAAUUCACCUGAGUUCACGUUAGCAGAGAUACUCCAAAUGGAGAACUUAUUCAAGGAAAUGAGAGAGAAAGCGACCGGAGAAGAGUUCUGUCAGGAGCUUUCGACUAAAUUUAAUGGUUCCAUUCACCGUUCCGAAAAACCUCCUAUAAAAUGGGAACAGGUUCAAAGUUGGUUCUGCGAUAAACAGACGAAUUCAGCAGCUGUUGUUGUCCCAUUUAAACCCAAGAAAGGAACUGCUGGUUCAAAGACUGCUAUAAUUAAAAAGAGGAGUAAAGUGCCUACAAUUCCUGCAAGUGAAGCAGCUGUUGAGCUCCAAACCUUGAUUUUCGAAGCUAGAUCAGCAAAGGAUUCUGCUUGGUUCGAUGUUGCUUCCUUCCUGAGCUACAGAAUCUUUCACUCGGGGGAUCUGCAUGUUCGUGUGAGAUUUUCCGGCUUUGGCAAAGAUGAAGACGAAUGGGUGAGCGUUAGCAAGGCAGUAAGGGAGCGCUCAAUCCCUUUGGAACAUUCGGAAUGUGAUAAAGUCAGUGUCGGAGAUCUCGUUCUCUGCUUCAGGGAAGCCGAGGACCAUGCACUCUACUGUGACGCGCAUGUUGUGGAAAUCGAGAGGAAGGUGCACGACAGUAGCAUAUGCACGUGCGUUUUUGCAGUCCGUUGGGACCACGACAAUGUUGAGGGCAAGGUUACAGCGGAGAAACUGUGUUACAGGCCAACAAAACCGGCGGCUAAAGACAGCGAGGAGUGUAAGCUUGUGCCGUUGCAGCCCAGCGGGGUGCAGAACUUGCUGCAGCUGUUAUGAGGCUGAGGAAUCGACGGAGUGCAUCAUUUUAGGUGUGACCAUACAAUCCUUCAAAUACUCACUCCAAUCUAUCACCUAAAGUAAAAAUGCUCUUUUAGAGGAAAGGAAGAAGUUAUUUGAAAGCUUGUAACUGUUUGCAACUGUUGAUGUUAGAGGGAGCAUGUAAUCUUGAAACUUUGAUCAACACUCUUAAUAAAACUCUCUCUCUCUCUCUC